AUGGCGGCUCCGGGCUCCGCGGCCGCCGCCGGAGCCGUCCCUGGCCCAGGGGCGCUGGGACGACCGCGAUCCGACGGCGCAGGGACGGGAACUGUUCUCGGACAAGUGGAACUUAGAAUUUUUAUUCAGCUCCGGUUAUUGCUCUCAUACUCCCCCUCAUGGACUAAGCCGCCAAAAAUAAUUUCAAGGGAAAAUAUUCCUAAACUUUGCUCUGUUCCUUCGCAGAUCCAUUUUGAAAUUCUGAGAGGACACAGUGAUACUGUGAGCUCCUGCCAUUUUUGCUUUGAAGACACAAAAAUACUUUCGUGCUCUUAUGACAGAACAGUGAAGCUCUGGGAUGUUGAUAGAGGUUUUCCUAUUCAAGUUUUUGAAGAAGAACACACCGCCCCAAUUUCUGAGUGCAACUUGACUCCUGAUGACAGAAGAGUGGUAACAUCAUCAUAUGAUAACACUGUCAAGGCUUGGGAUAUGGAAACAGGAAAAAUGCUUUGGACAGUAGAACAUGAAGGCAUUGUAACUUCAUGUAAUAUUUCUUGUGAUGGUAGAUAUGUGAUAUCUGGUUCAGAGAAAGAAAAUACCAUAUAUGUUUUUGAUGCAGAAAGUGCAACAGUAGUGUCACGUAUCCAAGGUCAUCACAAAAGUACAAUCACAAGAUGUUGUUUUCACCCUGAUAACCAAAGAGUGACUUCAGUAUCGUACGAUAAGACCAUAAAGCUAUGGGAUAUGACAACACGAUCCACCUCGAUUACAAUUAAUGAGGGACACAGCAACGCUAUCUCAGAUUGCUGCUUUACCUCUGAUGGUCAUUACUUGUGCACAGCAUCCUGGGACAGAAGCUUAAAAAUAUGGGACAUAAAGACAGGAGAAUUUCAGUGUCAUGAACCCGUUUCCUUGAGCCAAGGACACGAGGGUUCUGUUAGUUCCUGCCUUUUUAGCCAAGAUGCAUCACUUGUUGUGUCUGGCGGAUAUGACAAAACUAUAGCUAUAUGGGAUACAGAAGCAGGCUGUAAAAAGCUAAGCUUAAAGGGUCAUUGGGACUGGGUGACAGAUGUUGCGAUUAGCAAAAACAAGAAAUGGAUUCUUUCAGCCUCAAAGGAUUCUACUUUGAGAUUGUGGAAUAUUGAAAAGAUGGAUCAUAUUUCUUCAGUGACAGAAAGCAGAAAAGCAAGAGGCUCAAAAAUUGCUCAGUGUGAAGAAUGUGAAAAACCAUUCUUAUGCCUGCAGCGUAGUGACUCUGAAGUGAUAUCCAGGAACUUAAAAGCGGGGAAAAUAGUUGGAACUGGGCAUGUGACAGCCUGGAAUGCAGUCAAGCUGUGGAAUACAAAGAAAUCUAAGAAUGGCAUGAUGGCCAGGAUGGCACCAGAGUGGGCUGGCCACUGUGUACUUCAGCAUGGGCACUCUAAAAAAGCCUCAAAACAUUUGAGGAAGGAGGACAAAAACAGAAUCUGGGUUGGUUCAGGAGCACAGACAUGA